AUGAACGCUUCGAUAAUCGACCCAUUGCAAGGAGAUUUCCCAGAAGUGAUAGAGGAGUAUUUGGAACAUGGGGUUAUGAAAUGCAUCGCCUUUAAUCGCCGUGGUACCCUUCUUGCUGCUGGGUGCUCUGAUGGAAAUUGCGUCAUAUGGGAUUUUGAGACCAGGGGUAUUGCUAAGGAGCUUCGUGAUAAAGACUGUGUUGCUGCCAUAACUAGUGUAUGUUGGUCAAAGUAUGGCCAUCGCAUUCUCGUGUCUGCUGCUGACAAGUCGUUGACACUAUGGGAUGUUGUCAGUGGUGAGAAAAUCACUCGAACGAUACUCCAACAAACCCCUCUACAAGCUCGGCUACAUCCUGGUUCCUCUACUCCAUCUCUCUGCUUGGCAUGCCCCCUCUCAUCUGCUCCCAUCAUUGUUGACUUGAAUUCAGGAAGCACAACUGUUCUUCCAGUUUCCAUUCCUGACGUUAACCCAGGACUUGCCCCUUCGUCACGGAACAAAAUUUCUGAUGGUACUCCUCCUUUUUCUCCUACUGCCGCUUGCUUUAAUAAGUAUGGGGAUCUGGUUUAUGCAGGGAACUCAAAAGGUGAAAUACUUUUAAUAGAUUACAAAAGUGUCCAAGUGCGUGCCAUGAUUCCUGUUUCUGGAGGUUCUGUGAUUAAGAACAUAGUGUUCAGCAGGAAUGGACAGUAUCUGCUUACAAAUUCAAACGAUAGAACAAUCAGGAUCUAUGAGAACCUUCUCCCCUCGAAAGAUGGACUUAAAGCCCUAGGUGACCUAAAUGUGACCCAUGAUGGGAUUGAUGAUAGUGUUGAGAAGUUGAAAGCAGUUGGAUCGAAAUGCUUAACCCUUUUCCGUGAGUUCCAAGAUGCCAUCACAAAGAUGCAUUGGAAAGCACCUUGUUUCAGUGGUGAUGGUGAGUGGGUGAUUGGCGGUUCUGCAAGCAAAGGAGAACACAAGAUUUACAUAUGGGAUAGGGCUGGGCAUCUUGUGAAAAUUCUGGAAGGGCCGAAGGAAGCCUUGAUAGAUUUAGUAUGGCAUCCUGUUCACCCCAUUGUUGUCUCUGUUUCACUGACUGGUUUGGUUUAUAUCUGGGCCAAAGAUUACACUGAGAACUGGAGUGCAUUUGCUCCUGAUUUCAAAGAGCUUGAGGAAAAUGAGGAAUAUGUAGAACGAGAAGAUGAAUUUGAUCUGAUCCCUGAAACUGAAAAGGUGAAAGAAUCUGAUGUUAAUGAAGAUGAUGAAGUUGAUAUUGUGACAGUGGAAAAGGAUUCAGCUUUCAGUGAUUCAGAUAUGUCACAGGAGGAGCUAUGCUUUUUACCUGCAAUUCCUUAUCCUGAUGUUCCUGAGCAGCAAGAUAAGUGCAUAGAAAGUUCAUCGAAGUUGGUGGAUAGCAAUAAUUCUGGCUCCCCUAUUUCAGAAGAGGGCCGACCAAAUGGACGUGCAAAUAAUCAUGCAUCAAGUCCACUUGAAGAUGGUCAAGAUUCUUGCAUCUGUUUUUCUCAUCACACACAAAUGAGAGGAUGCUGGUGCGACACGGUUGAAAAGAAAACGGAAGCCUUCCGAGAAGGGGAUGGAGUUUCAGGCGUAGAAGUCUUCAACAACAGCAAAAUGACCACAAUUAAUGUUACAAGGUAUGACAAUCUCUUGCAUCUCCAAACUUGGUACCUAUUACAGUGGCAAGGACAAAAUGUUGUGAUGACUCAUGGGCCAAGUAUUACAUUGCUCCAGCAAAUCAACGUGGAAUUCAAUCAACUGGCACUCUCGGGUAUUCUGCUCUCUCUUUCCACCGAUGGGCACCUCGCUCUGUUUUACAGGGAAUUUCAAGCUCCCAUGAAUAUAGUACUUUUUGGAACGAGCAUAGUGCCAGGGAGGAAGCUCAGUCUCAGAGUUACUUGCGCCAUGGUACUGCGAUUACUUGGACCGGAAGCUUAUGAGCUCUUUUUUUCCAAAGAAAAUGUCAGGCAUGCCUGUAUCUUCACCUCAGUAGCACCCCGUGGACAAAUUCCUAUUUGGAAAAGUCGAUUCGGAUUUUGA